AUGCUCGCGCGCGCGCUCGGACGCGUCCGCCGAAGCGGCGUCGCGGGCGGCGUCGCGGCGGCGCGUCGCGCGUACUACGACGAGGAGAAAUUCUUGAAUCAAUUCCUCUCCGUCGCCGACGCGGUCGAGGACGCGUUCCCGAGGUGCGUCGUGGAUGGAAAUAACGACCUGGUCAUCGGCGCGACGGAUGGGGCCCGGUCGGGGGCGUUCGAGGUGGUGAUAUGCGACGCGGUGGGCGGCGAGGAGGCGCUGAGGGGGGCUCGGGCGAAGGACGCCGUGUUCAGCGCCUUGCGCGAGGGCCGACCGCCGAGCGCGCUGGAGAUCUUAGAGGCGAUCGAAUCCAACGUCGACGCGACUUCGUUGGGAUUGAACGCCGACGCGGGGUCGGGGUGCGGAUGA